ACAAAUCACCUUAUUAUAAACCACUCCAACUAGCAAUGGGUGUCACAGACCCACCACCCACCGCCCCAACACACACCCAAAAUUCUUGUCUUUGAUCCCUGCUCUUCUUAAGCUCUCUCUUCAUCUCACCAUCUUGUUUGCUUUAAUUUGCUUGCCACUCAAGAGAGAGAGAGAGAGAGAGAGAGAGAGGUGAAAAUGGGAGCUCUGGAUUAUCUCUCAAACUUCUGCACUAUCACCACCAGAAGAAAGAAAAGGAAACCAAUGCAGACAGUUGAGAUAAAGGUGAAAAUGGACUGUGAUGGGUGUGAAAGAAGAGUCAAGAAUGCUGUCAAAAACAUGAAAGGUGUGAAAAGUGUGGAGGUGAACAGGAAACAGCACAGGGUGACAGUGAGUGGGUUCAUAGAUCCAAAGAAGGUACUUGGGAAGAUAAAGAGCACCGGAAAAAGGGCAGAAAUGUGGCCAUAUGUACCCUACAACCUCGUCUACUAUCCUUACGCCUCUCAGGCGUACGACAAGAGAGCACCUUCUGGUUAUGUUAAGAAUGUUCCGCAGGCAUUGCCUCCCCCUAAUGCCACUGAAGAACGCAUCACUUACAUGUUCAGUGACGACAACCCUAACGCUUGUUCCAUUAUGUAAUCUCACUGUGCAUGCAUGCAUGGGAAUCAAGCUACCUUAUUAGCAGCUAGAUCGACCAUGUUUUUUUUUUUUUUUUUCUUUUUUUGAAUGACGAGAUCCAGAAAUCUUAUCUGCAGCUAUUAUCAGAGGGUGUGUACUGGGUAAACUCCACUUGUGGUAUUUGGCAAGAUUUCCAUAGUUUGUACUCCUCCA